UUGUUGAUAUUAUUUGAGUCCAUAUAAACCAAAAACUGAAGUGGUUCUGGGACAUCUUAACAAAGCGAUGAACUUUGUUGCAUUCUGGUGUUGCUUUGUGGCGGUUGUAAUGGCGGAGAUUUCCCAGGUUCAGUCUAUAAUGGCCUAUAAUGUACUUACUCAAGGCCAAGAACUGAGAUUUGGGUCUCAGUUAAUAUCACCCACCGGCAUCUUUGUCUUGGGAUUUUACAAUCCCAACUCUUUGAAUAAUGCCACUUAUUUGGGAAUUUCCUACAACUUUAAUCACCAGAAGCCAAUCUGGAUUGCCAAUCCAAACUCUCCAAUAUUUGCCAACGAUUCUGCUUCGAUGGGCCUCGUCGUCGACGCCAACGGCAGCUUGAUAAUCCAAAAUGGGAGUUAUUUCUUUUCACUCUUUGAUGUCGGAGAAUCAAUCACUAGCAGCAGCGCAGUUUUACAAGACGACGGCAAUUUCGUAUUGCGAGAGCUGAACAGAGAUGGAUCAGUAAAGGAAAUUUUGUGGCAGAGCUUUGAUCAUCCAACAGAUACACUGCUUCCCGGAAUGAAAAUUGGGAUCAAUCACAAAACUAACUCCACUUGGUCAUUAACAUCAUGGAGAAACGAGGAAUCUCCGAAGCCAGGAGCUUUCAGACUGGGAAUGAAUCCAAACAAUACGUUCGAGUUAGUGAUGUUCAUCCGAGAUGCUCUGUUUUGGAGGAGUGGGAAUUGGGAAGACGGUUCGUUCGAAUUCUUGGAAAACAAUAAAGGAAUCAAUUUUAACAGAGUUUCGAAUGAGAACGAAACGUAUUUCAUUUACUUCUCUUUCAACAACAACUACAGAACAGAAUCAACAAGUGUGAUUCAAACCCAAUUCAGAUUAAAAGAAGAUGGGAAUUUGAGGAUGAAUAUGAAUAAUGAUGAUUACGAGCAUUCCAUUUGCCCAUUGUUGGAAAAAGAUAACGAAGGGUGCGUGUGGAAAAAGCAGCACAAAAUGCCUCAGUGUAGGAAUUGGUUGUACCCUUAUGGAGUGGCCUUUAAAACGAUGUUUGUUCACACAUUAGAAGAUGCCAUUAAUGCUUCUUCUUCUUCUUCUUCUUCUUCUUCUUACAAGGACACGAACUUAACUAGAUUUGAAUGCGAAACUAUUUGCAUUUAUGAUUGUGAUUGCAUCGGGUUUGGUGUUAGCAAACUAGAAGAUGGCAACGGCGGGUGUGAGAUUUGGAAGUCAGGAGCCAAGAUUGUUCUGAUGGAUGAAGGUCAAAGACAGGGUUGGUUUCUAGACGGAGAAGAGUCCGACCCUCCGGCUCCAAGUCCACACCCCUAUCCAUAUAACUAUGGAAACGGAAAAAUGGAGGUUUGGGUGCCAGUGACUAUCGGUCUAGCCCUUUCUACAAUUUUUCUUCUACUUUGUUUUAUAAUAUACGCAAAUUGGAGAACACAAAUCAUUGAAGUUCUAGGAAAAUUCAAGAAAUGUUUUCUACGUAGGAUGUGGUUCAUAACCGAAGAUUGUAAGAUAUUAGGAAUGGUGAUCAGACAAAUAACAGACUGGAAAAAGAAUCCUGAGUUGCAGUUUUUUGACUUUGAAACCAUAGUUUCUGCUACAAAUAAUUUUGGAGAUGAAUGUAAGCUUGGAAAAGGUGGUUUUGGACCUGUUUAUAAGGGAGUUAUGACAGAUGGGCAAGAAGUAGCGAUUAAAAGACUGUCGAAGAACUCAGGACAAGGAUUGGUUGAGUUUAAGAACGAAACUAUUUUGAUUGCUAAACUUCAACACACAAAUUUGGUUAGGCUUAUUGGUUGCUGUCUUCAUAAAGAAGAGAAAUUGUUGGUUUAUGAGUAUAUGCCCAACAAAAGCCUUGAUUUCUUCCUCUUUGACUUGGAGAAGAAGUUAAUAUUAGAUUGGAAAAAACGCUUGCAUGUUAUCCAAGGGAUAAUUCAAGGAUUAAUUUAUCUUCAUCACUACUCAAGAAUACGAAUAAUUCAUCGGGAUCUAAAAGUUAGCAACAUCUUACUUGAUGAUGAGAUGAAUGCAAAAAUAUCGGAUUUUGGUAUGGCUAAAGUGUUCAAACCACCAGAGCAUGAAACAAAUACAGGUCGGGUGGUUGGUACAUAUGGCUAUAUAUCACCGGAAUAUGCAAUGGAGGGUAUUUUCUCAAUAAAGUCGGACGUGUACAGCUUUGGAAUACUAUUAUUGGAGAUCGUAACAAGUCGAAAAAACUACAAUAAUUAUGACACAGAACGACCCCUCAAUCUCAUAGGAUACCUGUAUGGUUGUAUUUUUCAGGCAUGGGAACUAUGGGUGAAUGGGAGAGGAGAAGAGCUCAUCGAUUCAGGUUUGUUCACCUCUGAUGAUCAGAAACCAAAAGCUUUAAGAUGCAUCCAUGUCAGUCUUUUAUGCGUCCAACAAAUCCCAGCGGAUAGACCGACGAUGUUGGAUAUUUAUUUUAUGAUCAGCAAUGAUUCUGCUCAACUUCCAUCUCCCAAACAACCUGCUUUUUUUGUUGCUCAAAAUCCAAACUCCUCCGAACCUGAAAUCGAAGAGGUGAAUAAUGAACUCAUACGACCGCCUGUAGAACCAACACCGGAAAUUUAUUCAUCGAAUACCAUGACAGUCUCAGUGAUGGUUGCUAGAUGAAGCCCUCAUGCAUGUGUGUUCUCAAAUCAACUUAAAAUAUAGUGCCAUGGCAAUUAUUUUAUGUCUGUCGUCAUAAGUUACGUUCUAUGAGUAUUAUAUUAUUACUGUUAUUGUAUUCCAUGUAGGUUUGAGAUUGUUUUUGUCUAUAUAUUCAACCAGAAGACAUGGAUAUAUUUCGUUCCUUGAUAAGUCAUGAUCUCAUUAAUUAGUUUGAAAGGUUUAGUUUCUACUUUUAGUGUGUGUGGGUGGAAAAGUCCUAUAUUAUCUAAAGGUUUGUAUUUAAUGGAGAAACAAAGAAAGAAAGAAAAAUAAGACAGACUUGAUUCUUUUCAUUUA